AGUCUUUAGAUAUUCUCUCGGAAAGUGAUCGUGUGGCAUUUGAGUCUGAAUACAUGGUACCUACCUAGUUGUUAGUGGUUUAAGAUUGUAACUUAACAUAGUGAACUGCGAUGUCGGAACACGUACUGCCGGCCGAAGGGCCGAUGAGGUUUAUUUCACCCAUAAUACAGGAUAAUCCAACCGGUUGGGGACCUUACGAGAUGCCAGACCAAUUUAGGGACAUGCCCUAUCAGCCAUUCAGCAAAGGCGAUCGAUUAGGCAAGAUAAGUGAUUGGACAAUGGUGCAAGACAAGAAGUACCAGAACAAGUAUGCAUCACAGUUCGGCGCUGGUUCGUCUUAUGCAUACUUCCAUGAUGAAGAUGAAAGCACCUUUCACCUGGUGGACACUACUCGAGUACAAAAGCCGUACCAGUCAUAUCAGCGUGGGCGGGCUCGAGGACAGCGUGGUCGUGGUGCCAGGGGUGCACGUACUCCUGGUGGUAUGACAACAUUGAACAAGCCACGUGAACGCAAGCUUGGUAAGAGGUGGGGUCAACGUGGUGCGCCUAUGAAGAUUCGUGAUGCAUCUGUAACUGUAAGGCCAACAUGGGUCACGAUUGAAGAUAUGGACUUCCCACGUCUUGCCAAACUAUCAUUACCUGGUAUUAAAGAAGGUGAAGAUAUUGUCAGUUGCGGUACUUUAGAGUACUACGACAAGGCGUACGACCGCGUCAAUGUGAAGCACGAGAAGCCCCUGCAGCGUAUAGAUCGUAUCUUCCAUACGGUGACAACAACUGACGAUCCUGUGAUCCGUCGUCUCAGUAAAACAGCUGGUACUGUUUAUGCAACUGAUGCUAUACUGGCGACGAUUAUGUGCUGCACUCGGUCUAACUACUCAUGGGACAUUGUUAUCGAGAAAAUAGGUGACAAAUUGUUCCUGGACAAGCGUGAUAAUACCGAGUUCGACUUGUUGACCGUUAAUGAGACCUCUGUCGAACCUCCAGCUGAUGAUGGAAAUUCUAUCAAUUCUCCAAGAAACCUGGCACUGGAAGCCACCUUUAUCAACCAUAACUUCAGUCAACAGGUGCUGAAAUCAGGUCCAACGGAGCCUAAGUACAAGUUCCAAGAACCAAACCCGUUCGUCUCUGAAGAGGAAGAUGGUGAAGUUGCCUCAGUGGGCUAUCGCUAUCGUAAAUGGAUCCUUAACAAUGGUGUUGUUUUGAUAGCACGCUGCGAGCACGACGCGGUAAUGCAGGGCCCCCAGGGCGAGACGCAGUUCCUUACCAUCAAGGCGCUCAACGAGUGGGACUCGAAGCUCGCUAACGGCGUCGAGUGGCGACAGAAGCUGGACACGCAGCGCGGCGCCGUGCUCGCCAACGAGCUGCGGAACAACUCCUGCAAGCUCGCCAAGUGGACCGUGCAGGCAUUACUGGCGGGCUCGGACCAGAUCAAGUUCGGUUACGUGUCCCGCGCGCAGGUGCGAGACAACUCGCGCCACGUCAUCCUCGGCACGCAGCAGUUCAAGCCGCACGAGUUCGCCGCCCAGAUCAACCUGUCCAUGGACAACGCCUGGGGCAUCCUGCGGUGCAUCAUCGACAUAUGCAUGAAGCAGAAGGACGGUAAAUACUUGAUCAUGAAAGACCCGAACAAGCCCCUGAUCCGCCUGUACGACAUCCCGGACAACACGUUCGAGUCGGACGCGUCCGAGGAGAGCGGCGACGAGCAAGCCGACACGCCCUUCGCGCCGCUCUACUCCUACGGAAACAGCAAACGGGUCUAGAACUCUACACUUAGCAUCCAGAGAGCCAGAGAGCUAACAGUUACAAUUGAAUAUGCAAUUUCGAAAAGGGCACAUCUCUGAAAAUG